UAUCUCGGGUAGUUUCCAAACAAUUGCAUCUUUCUUCCCCUUAGUAUUCUUAUUCCUGAUGAAACAAUUACCUAGGUUACAAGACUCGUGGUUUUCAUUUAGUGGACAAUAAUGCAGAGGUAAAAGUCAUUCAGCCGUGUUCUGACAUCUCGUGCAAGGCCGUAUAGGUGUGUGUCGGUAGUCUAUAUUGUACUCGUAUAUGGGUGUGUGUUGGUGAAUGACAAUGGAAUGUACUCAGUAUUGUUUUGUAUGAGAAGGUCAGGGUCACAGUAUUUGCGGUUUUAAUGCCAGAUAGUACAAAGGCCUGCAAGUAAAAGUUACUUAGGCGUGUUCGCACGUCCGCAUGUGUGUCAUGGCCGCGCGCUGAGCCGCCAGGUUACUGCAGUCCAAAAUGAAAACGACUGAUAAUGUAACACCAUUUUUGUACACCACACCCUCUCUCCCCCCUUCCCCUCCACACACACACACACACAAUAGGCCAGUAAUAGAAGAAAAUGUAUAUAGUACACAUCCCAAUGUUGCAGCUUCUAAUACAUUUGUAGUGCCACCACUAUCACCACCACCACCACCACCAUCACCACCACCAACAACAACAGCAAAAACAAUAUAAAGAGAAAAUCAUCCUAAACAAUCAAUUUCAUAGAAUCACACACAAAAAAAGGAAUAAAACAAUAGAAGAGAAACAUUUAUAAGGAACACCACUGAAAAAAAAAUGUAUUAAUCAACGCAAGCGGUCGGAGCGUUCACACGCAAGAGGCAAAGGGAGGGGAAGGUAGGCGGAGAGGAAGGAAGGAAGGAAGGUGAAGGUUAUCGCUUUGGUGGGUAGCUGUGCAGAACGGCCAGCGCAGUAGCCAUGGAGAAGUGACCACCGACUCACCUCUCACUCAUUGUCCACGUACCGCCUUCCUCGCACUCUCCUCUCCCCGCGCACAGACUGUUCAGAUAACGGAGACAACAUGAGUUUGAAUUUGAAUUUGAUACGGAGUGCAGGUAUCGGCCUCUUCAUGAUAGGAACGUUGCCAAUGCUGCGUCUCCUGCUGGAGGCCGUUCUUUUCCUAGCUCCACCCAGCGAUUUUCACCCACCUGCACACCUCGACGCCGAAUAUGACUUCGUGGUUGUGGGCGGAGGAUCAGCCGGCAGUGUGAUGGCGGCACGGUUGUCUGAGGUGGCAGACUGGCGGGUUUUGCUGGUGGAGGCUGGACCUCCACCUCCUGCAGAUACCGCAGUACCUGCAUUUUCAGCUCUCAUAUAUCUGCCAGGGUAUCCCACGCUCUUUCGCCACGAGACGGUCCCGCAACGGAAUGCUCUCAAGUAUAGCAUUAAUCAGGCCGCAGUGCUGCUGCAGGGGCGGGUGCUUGGCGGUGGCUCCACGGUGAACGGUAUGGUCUACAGCCGCGGCAACAGGAGAGACUACGAUGCCUGGGAAGCUCUUGGAAAUCCCGGCUGGGAUUAUGCCUCCGUCCUGCCAUACUUCAUUAAGUCUGAGGACUUUAUCGGAACGCCUCCCUCUGAGACAGAGAGGUUUCACGGACGCGGUGGACCCCUAGGAGUGACGCAAGCACCUUUAGGAAGUCUCAGUCAGCGUUUCAUCGAGGCCGGGAGGCAGCUCGGUUAUCCUAUCGUCGACAACGCUGGUCCUGAGCAAUUAGGCUUCCCCGGUAACGCCACCUUCACCAUCCGGGGUGGGACAAGAAGCUCCACCGCUGAGGCCUUCCUGCGUCCCGCCACCAAGCGAUCCAACCUGCACGUGCUGCACUCCGCCACCGUGACUCAGAUCCUGUUCAAUAAAAAGCUUCGAGCAGUCGGUGUCCUGUUUGAAUACAAUCACAAGAAGGUACGCGUGGGUGUACGUCGCGAGGUGGUGUUGUCGGCAGGAGCUCUGGGCUCGCCCCACCUACUGCUCUUAUCCGGUGUCGGGCCUGGCAAACACUUGGAACAACACAAGGUAAAGAUGGUGAGGCACUUGCCCGGUGUUGGACAGAAUCUACAUGACCACGUGUCUCUUAGCGGCCUCAGCUGGACUCUUCCGCGUGCCACGGACGGCUCAGAGCAGCCUCUGCCGUUAACCAUCAAUGACGUCACACAGUACAUAAAAAGCAGAGAGGGGGGGUUAGCGCGCCCCCCGGUGGACGUGCUGGACGCGUGGGUCAAGGCCAGCCCUAGGGGAGACCCACAAUGGCCCGACAUUCAGAUACUUCUUGUCGGUGCCACCCUAGCCCAAGACUACGGUUUUUUCUCUCCCGCUGCCUACAACCUUGACGCCUACAAAAUAAAGAAUUACCUUGGCGAGAUUUACGGGGAGAGAGGGUUCACCAUGAGACCCAUCCUGCUGCAUCCCAAGAGCCGCGGCACCGUCACUCUCCGCUCCAAGGACCCACGAGAGGCGCCCUUAGUGGAUGUGGGUUAUCUUACUCAUCCCGACGACGUGGCAACACUGGUAGAAGGUAUCAAACUAACUCUGGCCUUGGGUAACGCGUCAGCUCUCCGUCGAGACUUUGGCGCCAAGUUUUUCGAUAAGCCCUUACCAGAGUGCGCCUCUCAGACUACGGGCAGCGACGCUUACUGGAGCUGCUACGUCCGCCAGAUGAGUUCCACUUUCCUUCACAUGGCCGGCACCUGCAAGAUGGGACCCAAAACAGACCGCAUGGCUGUUGUCGACAAUAAAUUGAGAGUGUUCGGGGUGUCGGGCCUGCGAGUAGUGGAUGCCUCUGCCAUGCCUUUCGUCAUAUCAGGCAACACCAACGCGCCCGUUAUCAUGAUGGCUGAGAAGGCUGCAGAUAUGAUCAAGCAGCAAUGGGCGUGAAGAGAGAGAGAGAGAGAGAGAGAGAGAGAGUGUGUGUGUGUGUGUGUGUGUGUGUGUGUGUGUGUCGUCCACAUGCUCAAGUCUACAGCCGUGGCCAAUGGAGCUCCGUGGCAUAGGUGUGUGGGAAGGUCUGGGUUGUGGAAAGGUGCAGGACACCAAGCAGUAGUGGUCCAGUGUAUACUGACACUAACGAGUAAGGGACAGCCCGGUAGUGGUGCGUGGAGCAUUAACAUUUUAUCCAAAUAACAACCUCGUCAUAAUAAAAACUA